GGGAGUUGAGUCAAACUAUUGCUGAAUUAAACUGGAUUCUCGAGUGAAAAAGCUCGAAGAAGUGGGGAUUCCAAAAAGUUAUCCAAAGGUAUUGACAACAAUGACUGGCAAAACACAGACUAGCAAUGUCACAAACAAGAAUGAUCCCAGGUCAAUCAACUCCAGAGUCUUCAUUGGCAACCUUAACACAGGCAUUGUGAAAAAAAGUGACAUUGAAGCAAUAUUUGCAAAAUAUGGGAAAAUAGUUGGAUGCUCAGUACAUAAAGGAUUUGCAUUUGUACAGUACGUUAGUGAAAGGCAUGCAAGGGCCGCAGUGACAGGAGAAAAUGCGAGGAUUAUUGGAGGCCAACCACUAGACAUCAACAUGGCUGGAGAACCAAAACCUUAUAGACCAAAACUAGGAAGUAAAAGGCCACUUUCCUCUUUAUACAGCACUUAUGAGUUUGAUUACGAUUACUACCGAGAGGAUUUCUACAGUCGGUUGUUUGAUUAUGGGCAUGGACGCGUUCCUCCUCCUCCUCGUGCCGUCAUCCCCCUAAAACGGCCCCGUAUUACAGUGCCAGUUACACGCAGAGGCAAAGGGAUUUUCUCUUUAAAAGGAGGAUCAAGAUCCAUCUCGAGUGGCUCCUCAUCAAAAUUGAAAUCAGAUGAGCUGCAGACAAUCAAAAAGGAACUGACCCAAAUCAAAACUAAAAUCGACUCGUUGCUGGGAAGGCUGGAAAAGAUUGAAAAACAGCAUAAAGCUGAAGCAGGUCCAAAAAAGAUUUUAGAUGAUCAAGCAGAUUUGGCUCCAGAAGAAUGCAAGUCGGAGACUGCUGAAAAUUCCAUUGAAGAGCAUGUUGAGGGAGGACAUGAUGCAGAUGGUGAAGAGAUGACAGAUGGAAUAGAAGAAGAUUUUGAUGAAGAUGGAAGCAAUGAUUUGAUGGAAAAUCAUGUAUCAGACAUUGAAGAUACAAGUAACUGAAUUCAGAUUUCAGGUAUAAUCCUGGGCAUUGUGAGAAGAGAAUAACAUUUAUUUAACAGUACACAAAAGCUUGAAGAAAUGUUGACUUUAUAUUUUCUCUCAUGUUUUCAAAUUGUAUUACAACAUUGUUUUAUUAUUUAGGUUGUAAAUGUGUUUUUUCUUAUUUUUUCACAAUUUUUAGAGUGUUCUGUUCAUAUUAUAAAUAUUCUUUGGGCCAGUUGUGGUAAAGUUUGGAAAGAGCAUUAAGAAAUUGUACACAUAUGUAAAUUUGUAUGAGCCAUUUUUUUUAUGAAUCGGUCAUUUGUUCCAAUGGCAUUUGGGUUGUGUGCAUCUUGAUUAUUUGUCUGUACUAAAAUGGAUGUAUAUGCGAGUACAUUUGCACUCGUGCUUUACUCAUACAUGUGUGACUUUUAAUGUAAAUAAUUAAAUUAAUGAUAUCAGUCUUUACUGUUAAAGAGGUUGCCUGCUUUUUACAACAUUCCUUUGUUAAAAGAGUCCCCAGUGAUAAGAUGAGCACCAGCUAUUCCAACACUGUGGCACCCUGCAGUAACAGUAGCUGUAACCUCAGGAAGGACCUGGAAAAAAAAGUGUAUCCUGGCAAAAAUGUCUACGGGCUAUGGACACCUUUGACAAGGAAUAUAUUAUAUAAUAUAUAAUAGUUACCUUGGGUAAAAAAAAAAGAAGUGCACUAUUUGCCGGCUUCCUUCUUAUAUACAAUCUAUGUGAGCUGCCUUCCUUGGAUUCUUUCUCCCCUCUCCACAUACAUCUGCCAUGUACAACCUUCUCCCCGCUGCUAUCACUAACAGAGAGAAGGGAGGGGGAGAGCAGAGAGAGUCAUAAGAACCAGAAACAGAGCUCUGAUGUAUAUAUGCCAUAUUCAGAAGUGCCAGCAGCUAGGUGAAGGUCUCACACACACUCUGCAGCAGCAAAAUGAUAGGACAAUUUUUAAUGAAGUCAAUAUGGGAAGCGGCUUUAUUUUGCAUUUAGGAAGAAAAUGACAGCAAAAAUAAUUUGCGGAAAGGUGUCCAUAUAGCCUUUAUUUCCUCUGCAUCACCACCACAGCAUAAAAUGCUACUCAUUGAAACAACUGUAUUGAUCAGCGUGCCAGGUCCUCCAAAGAGAGGGACGCUCUUUAUAGAGGUUUUCAGCAGUGACUAAUAGACAAAGGUUAAUAAUAAAAGCUCUCCUCUAUUUAGAAUAGACCAAUGGUGUAUUUGAAAAUGGGCAUAUAAAACCGAUUGUUUCUUUACACUUAGCUUUUUCCAUUUACACAAAUAUCGUCCCUUGUACCUUUGGUUAGUAUUUUAACACA